UAGACAAAGACAUUAGUGCCUAAAGUCUGAGUUUUUGUCAUUCAUUCUUUCCUCUCAAGAAAUUAACUUGAUUAGCAAAUCAUGGAGGGCUUGAUGGAUCGUCAUGAGUUUAACAUAUUGCCAGAAGGCUGUGUUUCUACAAUUCUCUCCUUUACAUCUCCACAAGAUGCAUGCAAGUCUUCAUUGGUUUCAACUAUAUUUCAAGCAGCUGCAGAUUCUGAUGUAGUUUGGGAAAGAUUUUUACCUACUGAUUAUCAAGAUAUAGUCUCAAGGUCAAUGGUCCCUUUCAAGUUUUCUUCAAAGAAAGAGCUUUUUCUUCUUCUUUGCAACUCUCUUCUCGUAGAUGGUGGCAGAAAGAGCUUCAAGCUAGAGAGAUCAUCAGGCAAGAAAUCCUUUAUGCUAUCUGCAAGAGAUCUUCACAUAACAUGGAGCGAUGAAUCCCCGUAUUGGCACUGGGCUUCUCUGCCUGAAUCAAGGUUCUCUGAAGUGGCUGUGCUUAGAACAAUGUGUUGGCUAGAGAUUGUAGGCAUGAUUAAGACUCAAAUGUUAACCCCAAACACAAAAUAUGGAGCAUAUCUUGUUCUAAAAAUCACUGAUCGUUCAUAUGGGCUUGAUUUAAUGCCAUCAGAGAUAUCAGUUGAGGUAGGUAAUAAUCAAGUUUCAAGAAACACAGCCUAUUUACGUCUUGCCAAAGAACAUGCCAGGAAAAAACAGAUGGAGAGCCUGUUUUACGGGAAUCGCAUGCAGGUGUUAAAAUCAAGGGUGGCGGAAGGGGAAGGAAGAGUCCCAAGUGAAAGAGAUGAUGGAUGGUUGGAGAUUGAGCUGGGAGAGUUCUUCAGUGGUGAAAACGAUGAGGAAGUGAAGAUGAGUUUGAUGGAAGUAAAAGGUCAUCAUUUGAAAGGUGGACUUAUCAUUGAAGGGAUUGAAAUAAGGCCUAAACACUGACAAAAAUAUGAAUAUUUUUGUUCGUAGAUACUGCUCCAUUAAAUUCUUUUUCAAAUCAGCUACUUUUCCUUCAGAAGGGAUAAAGAUUAAAGAUCAAGAAGACAACAAAAUGCUGAAGUUUUGUUCCAUCUUUUUUUUUUUAUCAACAUUUGAUUCUUUCAUUUGAUUCUUGUAUACCAAGAGAAAAAAAAUAAAAUUAUGUGUAUAGGUUUGUUACU